CCCACCAAAAGCUCUCUCUCCACUCCACCCCUCCGUCCUCACCAACCCCUCCGCUCACCGUUAGCCGUAUAAAAGCCCGAACUUCCCACCCCCACCAUUUUCUUCCGAGCUUGGAAAGGUUCCUCCUCUCAGGCUAUAUCCCCUUCAUUUUACCCAAAAAAAAAACAACUAUAUCCGCUCCACCCUCUCCCUUCUCCCCUUCUAAUCUCUAUCCUUCUCUCCCUACAAAUCUUACGAUAGUUGGUUAUUGAUUAGCGAGGCUUGAAAAUUAGGAUCUGAGUUUAUGUGUUCCAUGGCGGCGAUACCAUCGCCAACUCCCAAUCCGAUGGCCCAGAUUGGCCCCCGAGUCAAGCCGGUGACCGGAAUCCCCUCCGCCUUCCUCAGCCCGGUCCGAUCCAUCUACGUGCCCGGUGUCUCCGGCGGCUUAAACCCCGCUGCAUAUUUCUUCCCUGGCGCCGUCGGAUCCAGCCGCGCCGACAGGCAGACCUGCGCCAUUCUCGCAAGCAGGGCUGCCGAUGACCCCCAUCCCGACAAGAAGCCCUCCUCCGACGCCGGUGCCGACGCCAAUGGAAACCAUCGUCUCACCUCCUCCUCCUCCGGUGCCGCGAACAGCCACAAGCCACCCACCGAUGCUUCGACGACUCUAGAUCUGGUCCCGGUCGCGAACCUCCCGCGGCCGCUGACCAUCGCCGACCUCUCCCCGGCGCCGAUGCACGGGUCCCAGCUCCGCGUGGCCUACCAGGGAGUCCCGGGGGCCUACAGCGAGGCGGCCGCCGGCAUGGCCUACCCCAACUGCGAGGCCAUCCCCUGCGACCAGUUCGAGGUGGCCUUCCAGGCAGUGGAGCUCUGGAUCGCCGAUCGUGCUGUUCUCCCCGUCGAGAACUCCCUCGGCGGCAGCAUCCACCGCAAUUACGACCUCCUUCUCCGGCACCGCCUCCACAUCGUCGGCGAGGUCCAGCUGCCCGUCCACCACUGUCUCCUCGCCCUCCCCGGCGUCCGCAAGGAGUACCUCACCCGCGUCAUCAGCCACCCCCAGGCCCUCGCCCAGUGCGAGCUCACUCUCACCGGCAUGGGCCUCAACGUCGCCCGCGAAGCCUUCGACGACACCGCUGGCGCCGCCGAGUACGUCGCCGCCAACAGCCUCCGCCACACCGCCGCCAUCGCCUCCGCACGGGCCGCGGAACUGUACGGCCUCCAGAUCCUCGCGGACGGGAUCCAGGACGACUCGAGCAACGUGACCCGGUUCGUGAUGCUGGCCCGGGAGCCCAUCAUCCCGCGGACCGACCGGCCCUUCAAGACCAGCAUCGUCUUCGCCCACGACCGCCAUGGGACGUCGGUUCUUUUCAAGGUGCUCUCGGCCUUCGCCUUCAGGGACAUCAACCUGACGAAGAUCGAGAGCCGCCCGCACCGCCACCGCCAGAUCAGGUUGGUGGACGACGCCAACGUCGGCACCGCCAAGCACUUCGAGUACAUGUUCUACGUCGACUUCCAGGCCUCCAUGGCAGAGGUCCGCGCACAGAACGCGCUCGCCGAGAUCCAGGAGUUCACCUCCUUCCUCCGCGUCCUCGGGAGCUACCCCAUGGACAUGACUCCGUGGACCGCCAACUCUCCUCCCUCCUCCUCCCCGUCUUCAUGCUCGUCUUCGUCCUCGACUCCGCCUCGCCAGGAUUGACUGAUUGUUUCAUUGCGUGGUUGCUUUUGGUGGAUGGUUGUUGGUGGUCCUGCUGUUACCGUGUCCUGUGGUGCUGCCUGAACCGGACCACCUCCUAUUUGAAUUAAAAGAAAAUAAAAAACUAUUUUAAAAAUUUAUUCCUC